AUGGUUUCUGAAGCUCCACGGGCCUUCGUGCGCCUGAAGACGCUUCACGGCCAUUUCUCGCAGUCUCCAUUUGAUGCAGCGGAGGUGGAGCAGCUCUUGGACCUUUCGCAGCAUGUCUUCCUCGAGCUGCGGCACAAAACGCGUGUAUACUCCCUUGCUUGCGGUUACAUCGCAAGACAGCCGGACGUGCAGUCCUUGCGAUACAGUCCGGAGCUGCUGUCCGGCAGCGUUGAGGAGAAUGAUUUACGUACGGAAGCCACUCCGACGACCAUUGGCCUCGGCUUCUUCGAAUUUCAGUGGAAGGGCCAUGAGUUGACGGCCCUGCAUCAGAUGUUCGGUUCACCUGUCGGUGCCGGGAAUGCCGUGGACGUUUUCACAAACUUAGUCUUGUUUGCGAAGAUCGGAGAGGCAGAGGCUUUGCCAUUGUUCUGCAACGAGCUUGUUCAGCAGAGCGAGCAAGUGCAGGCAGGUUUCAUCAAUGUCUUCGAAUGGCAUCCGACUCAACAGUACUGGCAAGCGCGGGUUGUGUGCCCGGCGCGGCCGAUGGCAUCCAUCAUCUUGGACGCAGGAGUGAAAGAGAAGCUGCUGGCUGAUCUGGACGAGUUUCUGGCGCCGGAAACUCAAAAGUGGUACAAGGAGCAUGGAAUUCAGCACAAGCGAGGCUACUUGUUUUAUGGAGCGCCUGGCUCCGGCAAGACAUCGCUGGUGCAGGCAAUUGCAGGCCAUUUUCAGCACAAUUUGUGUUAUGUGCACUUAACGCACCCCAACCUCACGGACGAGUCCUUGAGGGCAGCAAUGAACCAAGCGCCACGUCACUCGCUUCUAGUUUUUGAGGACAUCGACGCGAUUUUCGGUCGGGAUCGUGAGAAACUUCUCGCCGACUCGGUUUUGACCUUCUCAGGCCUUUUGAAUGCCCUCGAUGGCGUCGGCAAAGCUGACGGCCAGAUUUUCGUCAUGACGACCAAUCACCGUGAUCGACUCAACCCUGCGCUGAUCCGCAAUGGCCGAGCAGACCUGCAUGUUGAGUUUUCCUAUGCCUCGGACAGCCAGAUCGCUGGUAUGUUUGCACGAUUCUAUCCUAGCACCGAGCAAAGAUGCCAAGACUUUGUCACCAACCUUCGUCAUUGCCUGGCGGGUCGGCCAGUGACGACAGCCGCGCUGCAGCAUUUCUUUAUUCUGCACCGAAGGAGCUCGGCGUUGCAAGCCUUGGACAGCGUGCAGGACGUUGUGGAGGAGUUGGAGCAGCGCGCUGACGAACAGCGGAUGAGCAGGGUAGCUCGGGUAGCUCUUGGCACUACCGAUGCGCUGUCCGGCUGGGCUCUCGGCUGGGACUGGGAGCAUUGUGCGGCAAGUCUGCUGCCAGUGUUCUGUAUGGAGAAAUCGCAGCUGGACUACCUGCAUGCGAGAUCAGGCGGAAGUGUUGCUUUGGAGGGUGAAGGUCUGGAAAUCGAUAGUUCUGCUACUUGGAAUUUGCUGGUGCUGGAGCAGGCCUAUUCCGUCUUGCUCCUGCACCAGGAAGUGGAUGGCCACCUUGCGGGUCUUUCACGGAGUCUCAGUCGCGAAGAGCAUUUGGUGUUGUUCAGUUUCGGAGGGUUCUUCCUCAGCACCCUCGUCGGAUUUCUGCUGCUGCUGCUGCCUUGUGGGCACCACUGCUUGGGAGGCACUGAGAAAGUGAAACCGGAGGAGACUCCGGUGAUCCGCCGAUGUAAUUCCAAGGCGGAUGACAGCAUUGGCAUUGGAGAGCAAGUCCAGGCACCUCCAGCUGUGGCCAUGCGGGCUAUGCCAGCAGUGGGUUGCCGGGAAGAUGCUGCACAAGUGCCGGAGACACCACCACCCGUGGAGCAUCGCAAGCCUGAUGCGCAGCUUGAAGUCGAUGCAAGCUGCCCAACCUUCGAAAUGGAUGUGGUACCGGCCGCAGACGUUGUGGAGGAGGUGCAGGCGGUGCCGGUGCACAAGGAAGUUGUGCCCGCUGCGACACCCGCCACAGGCGCUGAGACGGCUGGCGCAGCGUUUCCCUUUCCCCGUGGACCAUCCAGGCCGCGCCGCCGCCGCUGCGGUGAGGCUUGGACUGCCGAAGAGGCGCCAAAGCAGAGGAAAGCCAAGGCUCGCAGCCUUACAGCUGUUCUCGAAGUCGACGAAGACGAGGGCGCAGAGGAAGAGGAGCAGAUUGAGGAAGAACAAAUCCUGGAAGUGGAAGGCCAGGACCAGAGCGGAGCGCAGGCAGUCAGCGAUGCAGAGCAAAACUCGAAUGCCCAGUUAUGUUUGGCCGCGAGUGCAGAUGGUCCGCAGCAACCCGAGUGCAAGCUGGAAGAGGCGCUCCCUUGCCAGGAGGGGCUGAUGCCGCCUGCCCAGGAACGCCGCUGUGGCAACGAGGAGAAGCCACCGAGUGCCCAGAGGCUGGUGCCGAUUCAAUCGCUGAGAGGAAGGACGCUGGAAAUCCUUCGAGCUGCAGGUAUGGGAACGGUGGGUCUUCCUGAGCUGCGCCGAGCCGUGCUCGUCUCCCUGGCAGGCCACUUCGUGGCGGGACUCCUGCUUCUGCUCGCAGGACACAUGGUCCUUGUGGCUCUCUCGCUGCUGUUCAUCAAGCUGUGCUUCCUGACUGUCCGGCUGAGUGCCUCCCCAACUGCUUCAGCCACAAAGAUAGCACAGUGUCCUUCACCGGAGAUAUCAGUAACACCGGCUGCAUCACCGGGAUCCUCAUCACCGCCUGCUAACGUUCCGGAAUCGUAUGCAGCCUCUUGGGGCUUCUUUCCACCAGACCGCGGCCUUUUACGUGAACAUGGAAACCAGCCUGGUCGCCUGGGUGUCGGUGUCAUGCCGGCAGUGGCUGAGGAGGACGUGGCUGCAGAUCCGAUGAUGGCACUGAGCACUCCGUCCAUGAGUUCCUGGCCCGAGGAGUCAGGAUCGGAUCACAGCUCCAAGUUGCUCAUGACCGGUAGAGGCCGGGAGAUUCUGCAUUUUUCCGCCCAGCUGGCCGCAGAGGGGGUCGCCCAGGCAAGCGUGUGCGCGGACAUAGAGUCCUUCCAGUCUGUGCCUUUGCCAGCCGCCUUCCCAGCGGCAGAGUGCGAAGAGAAGGUGCCCCAGACGAAUGGUAACCAGACGCAUGUACAGGAGCUUGAGGCAGGUGCAGCAGAAGGCCUGGGCGGACUCAGUCUUUCCGGUUCGGGAGGCUUCGGAACUAGCAGUUCCAUCACGCAGCCAGGCCUCUGCAUCGAGUUCAGGGCGCAUCUCGAUGGAGCUGCUGUGCUUAUGUUGCAGAGCGAUUCCGAGAUGUCUGCAAUUCCAGGGCACAGGUUAAUGAAAGGCAUUUCCCUUCUCCGAGAGCAUCCAGUCACUUGUCCAUUCCGGCUUUUCCAGACCCCGGCAUUUCGGAAGAUAGCUCGUCGACCGCAGGCUCUUGCACAGAUGGCAAACAAAGUGCUCGAGCUCGAGCGAUCGAUGUUGCACGAUUUUGCACGUUAUGACGGUGGACAUGUGGGCAGAGUAGGACCAAUACGCAACGGUUUCCACCUGGUGGGAUCGCUGCGCCAGGGUUGCCGGGAUACUCUCAUUGGCAUGUCUACCAUCGUUGCACUUGUAUCCUUCACCCUGGGCCAAGCCAUAGUCAUACUGUUCGUCUUCAUUUUCGAUGCUUGGACAAGCAAGAAGUAUGCCACUUCAAGCCUGUCUCGGCAUUUUAUGCUGGCUGCUGAGAACGCUACGUGCUUGAGUAGCAGGCGACUGACAGCUCUCACGGGCGACAUGCUCCCUUCCGAGUGUGCCCGUGAGGUGGUCAGGUCCACGUCGCUGGCAGCUUUCAGCAUGGGGCCUCCGAACUCGGUGGGGCUUCGCGCGUGCUAUCCUCAGGAUGGACUGGAGGAGCUGUCCUAUGCAGACGUGUUCUAUGGCACGGAUGAUGCCAUAUGCGAGUGGAUGGAGAAUCCUAGCUUCGAUUUCUUCGUCAUUGAGAAGCAGCAGCCCUGCAGCAUUUUGGGCCGUGGCACGUCGCUCAUCAUCAGCAAUGCCACGGCUUUCUCUCACCGUGUCUCAGACGAUCUGCAAAGGGCUCUGUCGUCCUACUGCAGUCCUUGCGGCGAUCUAGUGCUUGGUAUCGUGGAGGUGACAAGGAAGAUGCUCAUGGUGGACGUUCUGGUGCAUCGGUCCCUAGCUUCAGCUUCGCCUGGUUUGCGCCGCAUCGCUGCUGCCUCCAUGGCAUUGGGAUCUGCCUUUGCCGUGCUGCUCCUGACUUUGCUCGAUGCCUUCUCUUUCAUGUCACUGGCCCUAGAGAUGCUGAGACUGCGCAGCAUCGGGUUUGUUGGGUCGCCACUCCAUUUCGCACUCGUGGUUACCAUUGGCCAGGCCGUUGAGCAGGUGGGCCUUCUGGUGGUGCAUUCCCUGAUCAUGGCCGGCAUGUCCUUUCAGCUGGAGCUCGCCAACGAUUUUUGGCCAGAGCUGCACUGCACCCGCAGUACAAUAUCUUCUGAGAGCGUCCCUAAUGCCUGGCAUCAAGCGGCUCGCUGGACGGGAACUGCUUUGGUCUUCUUCGCUGCCGGCAUUUCAGUCUUCUUCGCUCUGUGCAUCCUGGGUGGCUAUGUUUACCGAUUUCAUGGCCUGGUGCCCGCCGGCUGGCUUGCGUCCCUCCUGUACAGUCGUGACGUGAAGAUGACUCGGUUUGCAGCAGCUCCGCUUUCGAUGUCCGACUACAGGCAUGAAACCCUUGCUGUGGAUCCAGCGGAAGCUGAAACAAUACCGACCUCCCUCCUCCGACCUGGCCUUGGUGUCCUUGCAUCUCUGGGCUUCUGGCACCAGAAGAUGAGCUACGUCUUCCAGGUGGGCCGGAGGUUGGAGUGGUACUUGCCGGCUCUUCCGGACACAGAUCCGAAGACCACCGCGUUCACCUCCGACUGUGUGAGCUGGAUGGCCGUUGUCCGGGCCACUGUGCACAACCUCUCCGUUGCUUGGCUUCUGCUGCCUUUCGGAGCGCUGCCGGCGCGAGCCUGCAUGUACUUGAACGAGCGCAUUCUUUUCGCAACCGGGACCGAUGGCGGUAACUCUGCCGACGAAGCAGAUGCCCUCAUGCAACAUGCUUUGGAGGACGCUGGCAUCUUCUGGCAGACCUCGGGAUGGUUGGCGGCCAUGGGCCAUUUUGUGACGCUGCUGCUGCUGCUAGCGGUGGACUUCCUGAUCUUGCCACACGAUCCACGCGAGCAGCUCAUCGCAGGGCUCCUUGCCACAGGAGCCGUACUUGCAGUUCUGCGUGCGACCGUUGCGCAAAUCCAGGGCCUGGAAUCUUGUCGACACCGCCACGGGCUCGUCGCAGCCUGCAGCGAGAUCCUGCAGGAUGCUUUGCCUUCACGGGUGGUCCAGAGUCACACUCGUGCGCAGCUCAAGACGCAUCCCAGGUCUCGGAGCGAGGAACAAGCAGAUGCGUUGGGAAUACGACCAUGGCAUGCAGGCCUUCCCUUCGCGAAGGUUGCAGCUUCGCGGCACGAGAAGCUAACACCCCUGCCAGUGAGGCGUGCAGCCAGUGAACCCACCGAUGAGGAGUGUCUGUCUGCGCUAAGAGGAGACGCCGAGCGUGUUGUUUCAGCCUGUCGCGAGCUCUUGGAACUGGAUUGGGUCAGGAGUGGGCUGCUGCCUGGACGCCUGCGGGGGAAGCUUGUCGCUGCAAGGGCGGCCCGAAAUCGCCGCAUCCGCCUCGCCCAGGCUCUGCUGGCAUCUCGUCGGCCAGGCUUCCUAGCGCGCCUUCGCCGAAGACCUGCAGCCUCUUCAGGGCUUUUCUACGGUGCUUUGCUGAUGGCAUUGCGGGAAGUCGCAGAGGAGGACCUGAUUGCGCAACGCUGCGCGUCGGAGGCCCGAAACGUGGUGUGCGAGCACCUGCGACAGCAUUGCACUCUCCAAGCCCGGAAGCUACAGCUCUGGCUUCACGGCACUGCUCGGAGCCAAGCGGCGCGCUGGGCACAGGCCUUGUCGCUCUCAGGGGCUGUUGGGGACAUCCUCGAGGGCCUUGACUCCCGAGAACUCUGCAAUCCUUGCGAUGGAGAAGUCGCUUCAGAAUCAGAAGAGCCUGCAGACCCCGGCGCAGAUGUGCCGGUUGUGCCUGCCGACCAGCAGGUGGUGGCGGUGCAGCCAGCGACCGAAGAGAAGACUCAAGAUCAAGAGGAGGCUGACGAUGUGCUAGUGAGUCAGGGCGAGGACCAGGAAGUGGGGCCACGACAGCAGCGUCUUCAUGCAUUCCUGCAGUCGCCCGGUCUGCCCGAAGAGAGCGAGGCUGGCGUUGCCAGUGCCACCACAAGUGCUACACUACCUUUCGAUCCUGCUACCGUGCGGGCACGUGCAACCUUGCAGCCUCAGGCCUGGGCGAGCCGAGACGCCCCGCAGACGUUGCGAAUGCUGUUUGCCGUCUCGCAGCAAGGUCUCAUCCGAAUCAGUGGCCACUGGGCAGCUGGGGGUCGUGAAGUCCUCCCGGAAAAGCAGGCUCGGGUCAACAUCACUGCAAAGGCUGAGGUCGUGCUCCAUUGGCCCAAGUCAGCUCGGCCUUCAUCCGCGGAUGUUCAGGUGGAGUUCAUCUCGCACCAGAUUUGGCCCCCCCUUCCACGCAAGCCAGCUGCGGCAGGUGCGGGCGGACUGCUGACAAAGCGAAGCGAUACCAGGCUGCGCACACCGUGCAGGAGGCGUUUGGGAAGCAGCUGGGCGCAGCAAAAUGACGAGCUGCGCUGGUGGGAGCGACAAGUGGCAGGUAGAGGGUGGCUCUUGAGAAGAAGCCCUGCUGCUGUCUCCAACAUGCCCAGCGAAGAGGAUCGAAUGGAUUCGCUGUGGCGUAUUCUUUGUGGUGUCGAGUGGAGCGCCUGCCCCGAUGGUCAGUCCAGCAUUGGCCGGGAUGAGGAUAGCGAGGGGGCCGUUGUCCUUCCAACGGAGCUGGGCCAGACCCGCUGGUUCGCUCCAGUUGCUUUGCCGGCUCUCGAUGCCUCGCAGCAGGAAAAGGUGCCUUUCAACAGCCAGCGGCAACUCGCCACUGCCAGCUUCAGAUUCGCUGUCGCCUUUCCCUCGUGCGACCUCUUCCAGACUGCUGGCCGAAAGCUUGCCUCGACGCAGGUUGGAGGAUGCGUGGGCCUGCUUGGGCCUGUUGCCCACGUGAUGCAGGAGCCCGUGGCAAUGGACGACGAGGUCCUUUUCGCUGCGAAGCAGGCAGCAGCAGUUGCUGCCUCUGCCGCAGCCCAUGCACCAAGAGCGGCGCUGAGGGCGCUGGAGGUGGCCAUGCGCCGAAAUCCUCAGCAACUGGGCGCUGCAUUCCUGACUUCGCUUUACGCUGGCACAGGAGGUUUGUCGCAGGUGGAGGUGGUGCGGCGCAGUUGGCUGAUGGCUGCCGCGGCGCGGAAGCUCCUCAAGCAGAAGCGUGCUCGUCAGGAUGCUCUCGGAGCAGCUGCUUUUCUGGACGGCCAGCCGGGAGCGAAAACGCUGGCUUCGGACCUCAGAGCGCGAACCUAUGGGACUGACAUGUCUUGGCAAAAGUCAGGAAUCGAAGACAUCAAUCCAUUCCGACGUCCCAGACAUGGACGCGAGCUUCUCGGUCUAGACCGUGCAGCGACUAGCGACUACGACUCUCUGUCGUUGCUGCAGCAUGGCCAGGGACGGCAGUGGGGAAAAGUGUGUGGAUUCCGACGAUAUGCUCAGGACUGCAGUGCAGACGAUCGUGUGACGCCGUUCCAGUGCAACGCUGCCACGCUAGCAAUGGUUGUCACCGAAAUAGACGCCUCCGACGACUUCGAUCCCAGCCCGGCGCCGCGAUUCAGAGGCAGUGAGCCUGAGAAUGCCACGAUGGAUGAGGCACAGAUGCAAGAAGGUUCCCAACACAUCCAGCAAAUGGUUGCCGACUUCGUGCAGAAGGCUAGUUCCCAUCAAGCGGAUGUGGCCGAGCUGGAGAAGACCUUGGAGGAAGCCAGACAGGGUGCAGUGGGAUCAGCUGAUCAGACAGCCAUGCAGAACGCCUUCGAACAUUUGAUGGCCCUGCAGAGGGCGGCCCUUGGUCUGCUGGAAUCCUUGCAGAGUGGCAGCAUCAGGCAACUGGAGUCUCGACUGAGCAUGGCUCGCGAACUGGGUCUGGCGCCAGAUGCGUUUCCGGACGCUGCAGGCCAGCGUCGAAUGUAG